AUGGCAAAAACCAUGUGCACCAUCUGUACGGCCACCAAAGCCGCCGCUGACAUGUUCAACAGCGGUGGCUGCUCCCACUCCGUCUGCACCGAUUGCAUCUCGAACCAUGUCGUCGCCAAACUCGAAGACAACGCAGCAAACUUGAAGUGUCCAGCGCCGUACUGCGAGGCGGCGCUGGCGCCAGAAAGAUGCAAUUCAUUCCUUCCCAAACAAGUGUUGGAGUGCUGGGGGAAUGCCCUUUGCGAGGCCAUGACAAAGGAGCUGGCCGAGAGGAUGAGUUGGAAGAAAUGUCCCCACUGCAAGAUUUAUGUGGAGAAGACUGAAGGUUGCUCCCAUAUCAUCUGUAUGUGUACGUUUGAGUUUUGUUAUAGCUGUGGAGGAGGGUGGAAUAGUAACCAUGCGUGCCCUCAAUAA